AUGCGUUAUUCGAAGCUUCCUCCGGCGAAGGAACGGGCAAAAAUCCUCGUGAAGUGGCACGGAGGUGACACCGGCCCCUUCCCGGGCGCUGGCCCUUUCUUCCCAGACGGAAGCGCAGGGCGGCAGCGGGGCCUCAGCGUGUUUGAGUUCUGCCUCCGGAAUCUCCUUUGUGUUCUUUCAGCACGAUCACGCACCGUGGGAGAACUCCUGGCCCCAACUUCUCCCUUUGACAAGAAGUGCGGGCGCGAAAACUGGACCGUGGCGUUUGCUCCGGAUGGAUCCUACUUUGCGUGGUCACAAGGGCACCGCGUGGUGAAGCUGGUCCCCUGGUCUCAGUGCCUUAGUAACUUCUUGGUGCAUGGCACAAAGAAUGUUGCCAACUCUCCCAGCCCAAGACUUCCGAGGCAGAACAGUGACAGUGGCCAGAAAAACAAACCCUGUGAGCAUAUCAUAGACUGUGGAGACAUCGUGUGGAGCCUGGCGUUCGGCUCCUCGGUGCCGGAGAAGCAGAGCCGCUGUGUGAACAUCGAAUGGCACCGCUUCAAGUUCGGGCAGGACCAGCUCCUCCUGGCCACGGGCUUGAACAACGGGCGCAUCAAGAUAUGGGAUGUAUACACAGGAAAACUCCUCCUUAACCUGAUGGACCACACAGAAGUUGUUCGCGAUUUAACCUUUGCCCCAGAUGGGAGCCUGAUUUUAGUGUCUGCAUCCAGAGAUAAAACACUGCGAGUGUGGGACCUGAAAGAUGAUGGAAAUAUGAUGAAAGUGUUGAGAGGACAUCAGAACUGGGUAUACGGUUGCGCAUUCUCUCCAGAUUCUUCCAUCCUCUGUUCAGUUGGAGCUAGUAAAGCAGUUUUUCUCUGGGAUAUGGAUAAAUACUCCAUGAUACGGAAACUUGAAGGACAUCACAAUGAUGUUGUAGCUUGUGAGUUCUCUCCUGAUGGAGCUUUACUGGCUACUGCAUCUUAUGAUACCCGAGUCUAUGUCUGGGAUCCACAUACUGGAGUUAUUCUUAUGGAAUUUGGGCAUCUGUUUCCUCCUCCUACUCCAAUAUUUGCUGGAGGUGCAAACGACCGGUGGGUCAGAUCAGUAUCUUUUAGUCACGAUGGACUACACAUUGCAAGCCUGGCUGAUGAUAAAAUGGUAAGAUUUUGGAGAAUUGAUGAAGAAUACCCUGUACAAGUUGCACCUCUGAACAAUGGCCUCUGCUGUACUUUUUCUACUGACGGCAGUGUUCUAGCUGCAGGGACACAGGAUGGCAGCGUGUACUUCUGGGCAACUCCAAGACAAGUUUCCAGUCUCCAGCAUCUGUGUCGCAUGGCAAUUCGCAGAGUGAUGCCCACCCCCCAGGUCAAGAACUUGCCCAUCCCAUCAAAGGUGGUGGAGUUCCUUUGUUACCAGAUCUGACUCAUUAAAAUCAGACUGGCAGGGGCCCAGCUGCUGAAACUGGCUGAACACGUCAAAGAGGCCUCAGACUUUACAGCCUUUAAGCUUAAAACUCUACAGGUUUUCAAGAGCUAUUUAAAGUGAUACCUAAAUCCUAUUUUAUCAAAAUGCCUGACAGGUAAAUUUUUGAUAUUUAUAGAAAACACAGUAGAAGUAUCCCUGGUGUUCUCAAUUUUCUAAACUGUAACUGUGAAAACAUGUACAUAUAUAGACAUAAGCUGCUACAUGUUAGCAAUGUACCUUUAAAAAUUGCUUUUCUGAUUGUAAUGUGUAUCGUGUAUAUAUUGCUUUGGUAGAGCCAUCAAUUGCAUCCGUGCUGUCAAGUGGAGGGAUAGUUAUUUCCUGGGGCACUGAGCUAGAAAAAGUAUUGACUUCUGUGCAGAGAGCAGUUAGGCUUAUGUACAUUGGUUGGGGAAGCUGAUCCAGGUAGAAUUCAUAGUGGUUGAUGUCACGAGGAGGCACAGCCUGGCUUUUAGAGCAAUGUAUAGUGAGGGAAGUAGGUAAGGAAGGGUUGGGGUAGAUCUAAUUCAACCCAGGAAUACUGGCUGUGUGUCAGCUCAAGAAGGCCUUAAGUUCCACAGCAGCAAACCAGGUUAAAUUCAGUAUUGGGCAGUGUUAAAGCAACUUCCUCACAUGUCUGAAAAUCUAACUACUGUAUCAUUGCCUGAUACUUGUCUGUAAUGAGACGUUUCAGACUCGGUUUCUUAUUCUUCAACCCUGUAAUAUCUCUUCAGGGUGAUUAUUGGUUAAUGGCCAAAGAUAAGCAAAAUACUUGGUUUUGCCUCCUGUUAUUUAUCUGUACCUGCAGAUACAAAGAAUGUAUGCAUUGCAGAAAAUGCCUCAUUAUAUAUUUUUUUUGUUGAAUUUUUUUAUUAAAAACUUGUA